AUGUCUUGCCUUUCUAAUUCAUCAUUCCCAGUGAAUGCAGGAUUAGAAGUGGAAGAGGCAUCACCACACGUUUAUCAUGUGAGACUGAAUCGACCAGACCGUCGCAAUACCUUCACAAUGGAGCUGUGGAAAGCAAUGAAAACAACGUUUGAUGCUCUUGCUGAAGAACCAAAGUGCAGAUCCAUCGUUCUAUCGGGAAACGGGAAAUCUUUCUGCGCUGGGAUCGACCUGCAACAGGGCAUGGGGGAAAUGAUCAAAAUGCUCACGAAUAAUGACAUCGAAGUUGGAAGGAAAGGGCGCAUUCUUCGUCGUGCAGGUGUGGAUUUGAUAACGGCAUGCGAUAUUCGUUACGCCAGCAGUGAUGCUGUGUUCAGCAUAAGGGAAGUUGAAAUUGGAAUGACCGCUGAUGUGGGAACGUUGAAUCGAUUGCAAAAGAUUGUUGGUAAUGACAGCUGGACUAGGGAGUUGGCUUAUACAGCAAAGGACAUUGGUGCAGAUGAAGCACUCAAGUUU